AUGGCAUCAUCCUCUCAAACCCAUCUUGCGCCUUCCUCUACUCCCUCAUCAUCAUCCUUGGCCGCACCGGGCGGCGGCAGUGGCCCAAUAUCCCAACAUUCCAUGUCCGCAAACGCCGGCAUGACGCCUGCCAACGACAAGCCGCGACUCACCGAGCAAGAGAAGAAGAACAACCACAUCGCAUCCGAGCAAAAGCGACGGCAAGCUAUCCGCGAAGGAUUCGAUCGGCUGACGGAACUCGUGCCCGGUCUCGAGGGCCAAGGACGCAGCGAGAGCGUCGUGUUGAAGCGGACGAUUGAUUUUAUGCGCGAGCAGCUCGAGGAGCGGCGCCGGCUGGUUGCGCGCGUCGAGGCGUCUGGAGGUGUCGUGAGUGAGGAUAUGAAAGUUUGA